AUGACCGCUGGAGAGUACGAGCUCUUCAAGGAGGCCAAAAGGUUGGCAGCCUCCGAGAAGCAGGCAACUGUUUCACGACUGCGACAAGCUCCUACUGAAGCUUCCAAGGAGCCCCUCCCUGUUUCAGAUUGGGGUUCUAAAAGAAAGCAGCCUGAGGUCGAGCAAUCUCGUCCCGACCUCGCAGGACCCAGUAUUCAUCAGCCUGGCCGGGGAAAAGAGCUAGAAGGAUCACGGGAGGCUGAGAAUAGAGGUAAUGCUGCUGUCAGAGAGAUCGACAUGAUCUCUGGAGGGCCAACUGACGGAGAUUCAGGGAGAGCACGCAAGUCUUAUGUCCGUCACUUGGAGGUUCACACAGUCGGAUGCAGUCAAGAGCAAGCCGCCGGCCCUGUUAUUAGCUUCGGGCCAGCAGACCUGGAGGGCAUGGAGUUGCCUCAUGAUGAUGCACUCAUCAUCAAGGCCAUCAUUGCUAAUAGCCGAGUGGCUCGGGUUUUCGUCGAUACCGGGAGCUCAGUCAACAUUCUAUUCAAGUCCACAUUCGAAGAAAUGCAAAUUGAUGCUGCUGAACUCCAGGCGGUGGCCACAUCUCUAUACGGAUUUACAGGCAACGAAGUGAAGCCUAUGAGUCAGAUUAAGCUAGCCAUAUCUUUAGGCACUGAGCUGUUGGUGAAUGGCAACUUUAUGAUAAAGUGCGACAAAUUACAAGUAUAUCAGGAAGCAUAUGAAAAGAUGAAAUGGGAAUUCGCAGAAGUCACAGUGACUAAGAUUCCUAGGUCAGAUAAUGAAAGGGCAGAUGAGUUAACAAAGAUGGCCAGUUCCUUAACUACUUGGGUGUUGGAUCGGUCAAUGGCACAAACUUUUCUGAUAGCCCAAAUAGAUCUGCAAAACAAUAUAGAAGCAACUAUUGAUUGGCGGGCACCCAUGAUCAAUUAUCUCAGGCAGAGUAUCUUACCAACCGAUCCAGAAGAGUCAUGGCUGAUUAGGAACCAAGCGCAUGCUUAUGUAAUGAUUGAAGAUCAGCUCUACAAGAGGUCCUUCUCUCGACCUUUACUCAAAUGCUUGGGGGUAGAGGAAGCAGACCAGGCUUUACGAGAAAUACACCUAGGAUGUUGUGGCAAUCAUGUAGGCGGUCGGACAUUAUCUCGCAUGGUGCUCCUGGCCGGGUAUUUCUGGCCUACUUUACAAAAGGAUGCUCACAAGUUGGUAAAUACAUGUUUGUCUUGCCAGAAACAUCAAAAUUUGUCACAUCGACCUACGGCCCUUUUGAGAACGUCUAUAGUUUCAUGCCCUUUUGAUCAAUGGGGCAUGGAUAUCGUGGGCCCAUUUUCGAUGGCGCCUGGUCAGAGGCGUUUCUUAUUUGUGGUAGUGGACUAUUUUUCUAAAUGGGUAGAAGCAGAAGCCUUGGCCCGGAUCAUCGAAGAUGCUGUCAUUCAAUUCCUAUGGAAGAACAUUCUUUGCAGAUUUGGUAUUCCUCACAAGCUGGUGUCUGACAAUGGAAGACAAUUUCAAGGACAAAGAAUUCAGGCCUGGUGUAAAGGAUUUGGCAUAACGCGAGCCUUCACUUCAGUAGCAUAUCCACAAAGCAAUGGUCAGACUGAGGUAAUCAACAGAGAAAUAGUACGGGGUCUGAAGGUCAAGCUAGAUCAUGUUGGAGGUCUGACAUCAUUCCACCUGGUUUAUGGCAAUGAAGCAGUUGUGCCCAUAGAAAUUGGAGUGUCAUCGGUCAGGAGGACACUAUAUGAUGAAGGAAACACAGAGCGGCGGUUAGCUGAGCUGGAUCUUAUUAGUGAAACUCGGGACAGAACGACAGCUCGGUUGGAGGCCUAUCGACAAAGAAUGAGGCAAAAUUACAACAGAAGAGUAAUUCCUCGAUUCUUUGGAGAAGGAGAUCUGAUUUGGAAGCAAAUCAAGCCAGUGGGGGAUGUGACUAAGCUAGCACCUCAAUGGGACGAGCCUUACAAAGUCAUUAAAAAGUUAGCAUCUGGAGCUUAUUAUUUACAAGAUGAACGGGGCAAGAGGCUAGAUCGACAGUGA